UCAGUGCAAAGCGCGACUAACUUUUGCAUCCACUGUCGAGUGUUUUUCCACAUUUCUGCAUUCUUCUUGUUUGAAUUCUUCUUCUUCAAAUAUUUAAAAAACAUGACCGACGACGACGAGGUCCCGGAAUUAGUCCCACUCGGAGGCAAUCCACCCGUCCCGGUCACCAUUCUUACCGGCUACCUCGGAGCUGGAAAGACCACCCUCCUGAACUACAUCCUUCAUGAACAACACGACAAGAAAAUCGCCGUCAUUCUUAACGAAUUUGCGGGCGAAUCCAGUGGGGAAAAAGCCCUUUCGGUCGGAGUGGGUGGUGCUUUGUAUGAAGAAUGGCUAGAGUUGAGGAAUGGCUGUUUAUGCUGCUCAGUAAAGGAUAAUGGAGUCAGGGCUAUCGAACAAUUGAUGCAACGGAGGGGCAAGUUUGACUACAUUUUGUUAGAAACGACCGGCCUGGCGGAUCCUGGUCCUAUCGCGACGCUUUUUUGGUUAGACAAAGAACUCGGAGCGGAUGUUUAUCUCGACGGGAUAAUUACCGUAAUAGAUGCCAAGUAUGGGCUGCAGAAAUUGGGCGAAGUUCCGUCAUCUCCGUCUCAAGUCUCUGCCGCAGUGAGGCAGGUUGGUCUCGCCGAUUUUAUUCUGUUGAACAAGACUGACCUCGUUCCUAACGAGGCCUUAACGAAGGUGAAGAGUGCAAUUCAAGCCAUCAAUUCUACAGCAGCCCUUCAUCUCACGCAGUUUUGCAAGGUUGAUCUUUCUAGUAUUUUGGACCUUAAUGCAUACGAAGGGAUAAACCAGCAACGACUAGAAAAAAUCUCAUCCCAAUCAACCCCUUUUUUCACACAUCUUGAUCAAACAGUGGGGACGUUGUGCCUCCCACUUCCCACCCCUUGGACCAGAUCAGAGUUAGACUCCCUGCUUCAAAGUAUUUUAUGGGAAGAGAAAUCUACAAGUGAUCCCCAACAACAGGAAAUCUGGCGUCUCAAGGGCGUCGUUGAAAUUGAUGGAAACGACGGAACUCCCGAGAUCCUUAUGGUACAAGGAGUCAACGAGACGUAUGACCUGACCCCACUUGCAGCAAAUUCGUGUCAGAAUCCUGUCACCAAUCAGCUUGUUCUUAUCGGACGCAAUCUCAAUGAGUCCAGCCUCACUAAACGUGUAAAAGAAAUCAUCCUUAAAAAUCAAGAAGCUGAAAUAAGCUAAUAAUAAUAAUAAUGAAAGUACUUCAGUAUAUUUCAUAUGGUCCAAC